GCUUCUCAGCUGCUCAGCUGACUAUGAUGCUGUGUGGGUAAACCUCCGGAGUGAAAAUGUGAUAGAGAAAUAGUAUGAUUUUUAAAUUGUAACAAUUAUAGCUUCUUAUCACCGCGUGUAACAACGCACUAUUUGCAUUAAUUGUACUGUAUACCUUUGAUUCUUAAACAAACAUAUUCAUUGGUCAACAACAAUGACUGAGUUCUGGUUGAUUUCUGCCCCUGGAGAGAAGACCUGCCAGCAGACAUGGGACAAACUGAUGGCUGCCACAAGGAACAACAACCUUUCCACCAACAACAAAUUUAACAUCCCUGAUCUUAAGGUGGGAACUUUGGAUGUCUUGGUGGGUCUAUCGGAUGAGCUAGCUAAGCUGGACUCUUUUGUGGAGAGUGUAGUGAAGAAGGUGUCUCAGUAUAUGGCUGAUGUGCUGGAGGACACCAAGGACAAAGUACAAGAGAACCUGCUGGCGAAUGGAGUGGAUUUGGUUACCUACAUUACAAGAUUCCAGUGGGACAUGGCAAAAUACCCAAUCAAACAGUCCUUGAAAAAUAUUUCGGAAAUCAUCGCUAAGCAAGUUACACAGAUUGAUAAUGAUCUGAAGGCUAGAGCGUCAGCAUACAACAACCUGAAGGGAAAUUUACAGAAUCUAGAGAGGAAGAAUGCGGGGAGUUUGCUGACAAGAAGUCUGGCAGAUAUUGUGAAGAGAGAAGACUUUGUAUUAGACUCAGAGUACCUCAUAACAUUACUGGUGGUUGUUCCAAAGACAAAUUAUAUUGAAUGGCAGAAAACCUAUGAAACGCUGGCAGAAAUGGUGGUUCCACGCUCCACCAAUUUGUUGUUUGAAGAUCAGGAAAGUGGGCUCUUCAGUGUCACUCUGUUCAGAAAGGCCAUUGAUGAUUUUAGACACAAGGCCAGAGAAUGCAAGUUCACUGUCCGGGACUUCCAGUAUAAUGAGGAGGAGAUGAAAGCAGAUAAAGAGGAGAUGACACGGCUUUCCACUGACAAGAAAAAGCAGUUUGGACCCCUGGUACGGUGGCUGAAAGUCAACUUCAGUGAAGGUUUCAUUGCCUGGAUCCACAUUAAAGCAUUAAGGGUUUUUGUUGAGUCUGUCUUAAGGUAUGGGCUGCCAGUAAAUUUCCAGGCAAUGCUGUUACAGCCCAAUAAAAAAGCCACGCAGAAGAAACUCAGAGAGGUCUUAUAUGAUUUGUACAAGCAUCUUGAUAGCAGUGCAACGGGCAUCAUUGAUGUUGCUAUGGACAUCCCUGGUCUGAAUCUUAGCCAGCAGGAGUAUUAUCCAUAUGUCUACUACAAGAUUGACUGCAAUCUGCUGGACUUCAAAUAGAGAAUAACUCUCUUCACAAUCCCUUUGUAGCUGUCUUAUUGUUUUAAUGUAGAAAACAGAUUAACUUCUUGAUUUACUUCUGUCUACUUUUAAUUGUGGAUGUAUCCAUGCUUGUACCAUUGCCCUUGUAACUGGGUGAACUCCUGUUAUUGCCACAGUGAGGAGUUUAUUAUUUUUUUGUUUACAAAACAAUCAAUGUAUUUAAGUGCUCAAAAAAUAUAUAAUCUGUAUUUAUGGACAGAGUUGGUUAUUUAAAAAAUAAAAUGAAAAUCAUUCCUUAUCCGUAUAGUGCUGUCCAGUAGCUACACCUGUCAUUGCUACCCAUAUUGACCUGGUUUAUGUGAGGGAAUUGGGGUCAGGUGUCAUUGUCAUUUCAUUUAUGUGUAUUUGGUACAUCCUCGAAGUAUUCAUCUUAAAUAAUGAAUUGUGUUUUGAAAAAGCAAUGUGUGUGUUUGUGUGUGUGCUGUCGUACAAAGUCUGUAUAUUUGGUGUUUUAAAGAGAAUAAUGUGGAAACACUAUCUAUACAAAGGAUCAUAAUAAAAUAAAUAUAGAAAUGUGUGCUA